UUUUUUUUGAGCCUUUGUCAAUUCACAUUUAUUAAGCUAUGGCUGUCAGUAUUGAAGAAUCCAAUUCAAAGCUCAAUCCUUUGGAUGGCUUCAAAGUUAUCAUUGCCGAGAAGGUGUCUGCUAUCUCUGGUGCCGAUGCCACUUUGAUUUAUAAGUCAUUGGAAGCCCCUCGAUCCUCGGACCACGGUGACUUUGCCAUUGCUGUGCCUAAAUUGCGCGUCAAAGGAAAUCCUGCUGCCUUAGCAAAGGAGUGGGCCGGAAAGAUCGAAACGGACGAUGACAUUGUCGCUGUCACAUCCGAAGCCAUCUUUAUGAACUUCAAGGUCAACGCUUCCAAACUCUAUAACAAUGUCUUCAAAAUUAUAUCCGAGCAAAAGGAAAACUAUGGUAGAAAUGAUUCUGGCCAAGGCAAAACCGUCGUUGUCGAAUACUCUUCGCCCAACAUUGCUAAGCCAUUCCACGCUGGUCACUUGCGUUCUACCAUCAUUGGUUGCUUCAUUCGUAACGUUUAUGAUGCUAAUGGUUGGAAAACCAUUUCCAUGAACUACCUUGGUGAUUGGGGAAAACAAUACGGUCUUCUUGCCGUUGGUUAUGAGCGAUAUGGUAGCGAAGAAGCUCUGAUUAAGGAUCCCAUCAACCACUUGUUCCAUGUCUAUGUCAACAUCAAUCGUGAUGCCGAAGCUGACCCUACCAUUCACGAUGAGGCUCGUGCUUAUUUCAAGCGCAUGGAGGAUGGCGAUGAAGAAGCACUUGCAUUGUGGCGUCGUUUCCGUGAUCUUUCCAUUGUCAAAUAUAAGGAAACGUAUGCCCGCCUCAACAUUGAAUACGAUGUCUACUCUGGUGAAUCCCAAGUUGGUGACGGCAUGAGACGUGCACUUGAAAUGUUGCACGAAAUGAACUUGUUGCAAGAUUCCGAUGGCGCAAAGAUCAUUGACUUGUCCAAGUACAAGUUGGGUUCUACCGUUGUUACAAAGAAGGAUGGUACAACCUUGUACCUCACUCGUGAUAUCGGUGCUGCUAUGGAGCGUUACGAACAGUUCAAGUUUGAUCGUAUGAUUUACGUCGUUGCUUCUCAGCAAGAUCUUCACUUGAAGCAGCUCUUCAAGACCAUGGAACUUAUGAAGUUCCCAUGGGCUGACAGACUUCAACAUAUCAAUUUUGGUAUGGUCACCGGUAUGUCAACUCGUAAGGGUAACGUUGUCUUCUUGGACCAGAUUUUGGAAGAGACCAAGGAAAAGAUGCAUGACGUUAUGCGCAAGAACGAGGCUAAAUAUGCUCAAAUCGAGCACCCUGACCAAGUUGCUGACGAAGUCGGUAUCUCCGCUGUCAAGAUCCAAGACAAUGCUGCUCGUCGUAUCAAGAAUUAUGAAUUUGAUUGGGAACGCAUGUUCAGUUUCGAAGGUGAUACUGGCCCAUACUUGCAAUAUGCUCACGCUCGUCUUUGCUCUAUUGAACGUAAAGCAAGUGUGCCUAUCAACCCUAAUGCCGAUAUCAGCCUUUUGGUCGAACCAACUGCUCAGGACUUGAUCAGAACUGUUGGACAGUACCCUGACCUUGUCAAGUCUCUCACCAAUGGUCUUGAGCCAUGCAAUGUUGUUACAUAUGCCUUCAAGCUUUCACACGACGUUUCAAGUGCUUUCGAAUCUCUCUGGGUUAUGGGAGCUGAGGAAAAGCUCGCAGAGGCUCGCAUGUUGCUCUACUGGUCCGCUAGAAUCACUCUUGGUAACGCUUUGAGACUCCUAGGAUUGAAGCCAUUGGAGAGAAUGUAAAGGCACACCACCACCCAAGAAAGAAAUCUAAAUAUCAAUUUCACAAUCAUUGUAUCAUUUCCCCAUAACCUGUCAAUCUGACUGUUGUAAAUGUAGAGUAGGCUCAGGUUUUCAUAAUUACGCUAUCUUUCUAGAGUUUAAAAUCGAUAACCUAGAUAAACGUGUUUUUAACACCACCGCACUUUGAUGUAGUUUCCAGAUAUGUAUCCAUCCAUGUCUGCUUGGCAUCACGCUAUGGAAGAAAUUAGCCGCCUGAGUCAAAUCACUUCGACAAUCGGAUUUUCUACAAU